AAUAUAAUAAAUAAAUCUAUUUUAUUAUUUUACACUUACAUAUAAUAUUUGUUUCUUUAUUUAUUGUCUACUCUGAAAAAAACAGUAAAUCACUAAAUCUUCAAAUUGGCCUCCUUAAAAUCUGAGAGAGAAGAACGGAACAGCAAGGAGCAGCAGCAGCAGCAGCAGCGCAGAAGAUUUUGAAGAGACGAUCACACACAGCUUUCUCCGCUGUCUCUUCUGUUUCUGUAAGUAAUUUAAUUGGAUGCGAAAAAUUGCAGAAAUGGAAGAGUUUCCCUACUUUCCCUUUUCUUAUCCUUCUCCUUCCAUUUUCCCGCCUCACUGCUUCUCUCUCUUGUCAUUAAUGGCGGCCGCUGCUGCAACCGUCAAUCGCGUGUUUGCUUGAGUGACCCUUCUCUGCUCCCUUCCUCUCUCUCUCUCUCUCGAUUUGCGUUUCAUCUUCCAAAAUCGGUUUCCGGGUCAGCUCAUUGUCAUUUCAUCGUGGAGCUGGGAGCUCACUGUGAUUUUCUGUGGGAAACUGGAAAUCCUUGCUGGUUGCCGAGAAAAUUGAGUGAAAGAUCAGAGAAGAAGUAAUAGUAAUCGAGUGUUUGGUUCUUAGUUCUUACACCGCAAAGAGUAAUUUCCUCCUUUCUCCCUCUCUCUCAUGAUUUUUUAAAAGGGGAAUUGGGUGAGCCUUAGCUGGAUUAUUCUGCCUCCCCAACCCCAAAUUUAAUUUGCAGCUUCCAUUGACCUGCUAGUUCGUGCAUUUGUUUGUUGUUAUUUUUCCUGCACUUUCCCGUCAACCAAACAGGACAAGGGGAAACUUCUCUCGUUCGUUGGUUUUCAAAUUUGUUCCCCCAAAUCCUCAUUCUCGGUGUUCUUUUGUUUCCAUUUUCAUUUUUCAACAGGGAGGCUAGCGUUGCUCCAGCUACUGGAGAUUUCAGGCUGAAGGGAUAAAAGGCUUUUGUUAGGUUGUGGUAAGGAAAGCAAAGAUUCUCCCUAGUCAAAUCUGCCCGAAAACAUUUGCAGGAGCUCUGAAAUUUGGGACUAGGGGUGGUUUGAUUGGUUUCUCCUGUUUGGCAGAGGAGCUUUCUCAGAUCCAUCUGCAUUACCAAUCUGGGAUCUACCAGUACCAUUACCCUUAGCUUUUCUUCUGUUUUGGUUUUCACCACCUUAUACUAAAAAAGCAACUGUUUCUUUCACCUCGUUUGACCCAUUCGAGCUUUGUGGCAGAUAGAUGGAUAGAUAAGCCAGAGGGGCAACUCUUGUCUUCUUCUUGUCAUUUCCCCUCCUUUCAAACACUGUCGUUGAUGCUCUUUUCCCACCUCCCCAUUUCUUCAUCUUUUACUCACGGUUCUUUAGCUUUCAAAAGGGCUGUGUUUGUUUCUUCAGCAGGCGUGAUAUGAAAGGUGUGGUUUUCUUGUCUUGUGGUGCAUGUUAAUAAUGGAGAUACUUUUUGGAUGGGGCUCAUCUCAUAUAUAAUUUCUUGUUCCUUCCUUGGGUUUCCAGGGUUUGAUGGUCUUUGAGAAGUUCAACUCUUAGAGAAGAAGGCCGCUGUAUUGUAUACAGUUUUUGUUGUGGUUGCAAGGGAUGACGACCAGAGACCAGAAGAGAGGGAAAGUAGAGAAAGCUGGGGGAUCAGAAGUGGCCGAGAAGGUUGUGGUUGCAGUGAAGGCUUCCAAGGAGAUUCCUAAGACUGCUCUGGUUUGGGCUUUGACUCAUGUUGUUCAGCCUGGUGACUGCAUUACUCUCCUUGUCGUUGUUCCCUCCCCAACUUCAGGUCGCAAGUUAUGGGGUUUCCCAAGAUUUGCUGGGGAUUGUGCUAGUGGUCAUAAGAAGUCUCAUCACCCGGGGGCAACCUCCGAGCAAAGGGGCGACAUUACCGAUUCAUGCUCACAGAUGAUCCUUCAGCUCCAUGAUGUUUAUGAUCCUAACAAGAUCAAUGUGAAGAUAAAGAUUGUAUCUGGUUCCCCUUGUGGAGCUGUAGCUGUGGAGACCAAGAAAGCUCAGGCCAAUUGGGUUGUCCUGGACAAACAUCUCAAGCACGAGGAGAAGCGAUGCAUGGAAGAACUACAAUGUAAUAUAGUGGUGAUGAAGCGAUCCCAGCCGAAAGUGCUCCGCUUGAAUUUGAUAGGAUCAGCCAAGGAUGCUGCUGAACUCACUGGUCCUUCACUUUCUAAAACGGACUCAGCUUCCGACAAUCAUAUAAAAAAUGAUAAUAAUGGCUCUUCUCCACAUUCAAUUCCCGGUCCAGUCGUGACUUCAACGAGUAGCCCAGAGCUGGGGACGCCAUUCACAGCCACCGAAGCUGGAACAUCUUCGGUAUCAAGCGAUCCAGGAACUUCACCAUUUUUUGUUUCAGAAUGUAAUGCGGACUUGGGGAAGAAAGAGGAGGAAUCUUCGGCUGGUAAGGAGCACAGAGAUCUUGACGACUCUGGUUCAGAGACUGACUGCGACCAGUUGUCCACAGCCUCUGCAAGUACUCGGUUCGAGCCAUGGAUAGGCGAGUUUGUCACUUCUCACAUGCACUCCUCACGACGUGUGGAAAAGAAACGUUCUCAUCAUCUGAAUUCUGCGAGAGCUCAAGCAUCAACAGCGACUAAAUCACCCUCCUUCUCUAGGGCCGAUUCGGACUUGGGUGGUGACAUCAGAGAAGCAGUAUCAUUAUCGAGAAAUGCACCCUCUGGCCCGCCCCCUCUGUGCUCGAUAUGUCAGCACAAAGCUCCAGUUUUUGGAAAGCCCCCUCGUUGGUUCAGUUAUGCUGAACUGGAGCUUGCUACUGGUGGGUUUUCGCAAGCUAAUUUCUUGGCAGAAGGUGGGUUCGGGUCAGUGCAUAGAGGCGUCCUGCCAGAUGGGCAAGCAGUUGCUGUGAAGCAGCAUAAAUUGGCUAGUACUCAGGGGGAUCUCGAGUUUUGCUCCGAAGUGGAAGUUCUUAGCUGUGCUCAGCAUCGUAAUGUGGUUAUGCUGAUUGGAUUCUGUAUUGAAGAUAAAAGAAGGUUGCUAGUUUAUGAGUAUAUUUGCAAUGGGUCGUUGGAUUCUCAUUUAUACGGGCAUCAACGUGAGCCGCUGGAAUGGUCUGCUCGUCAGAAGAUCGCGGUAGGUGCUGCUCGUGGGCUUAGGUAUCUUCAUGAAGAGUGCAGAGUUGGUUGCAUUGUCCAUCGUGAUAUGCGGCCUAACAACAUCCUCAUAACCCAUGAUUUUGAACCACUGGUUGGAGAUUUUGGCCUGGCUAGGUGGCAGCCUGAUGGAGAUCUUGGUGUGGAAACCAGAGUAAUUGGAACAUUCGGGUAUUUGGCUCCAGAAUAUGCCCAAAGCGGCCAGAUCACAGAGAAAGCUGAUGUGUACUCUUUCGGUGUGGUGUUGGUAGAACUCGUAACAGGACGCAAGGCAGUGGAUCUCAACCGGCCAAAAGGCCAACAGUGUCUCGCCGAAUGGGCACGGCCACUGCUGGAAGAAUACGCAGUUGAUGAACUGAUCGACCCUCAACUGGAGAAUCGGUACUCCGAGCAGGAAGUCUACUGCAUGCUUCACGCCGCAGCUUUGUGCAUACGCCGCGAUCCUCAAUCUAGGCCUCGCAUGUCACAGGUUCUUCGAGUACUAGAAGGCGACAUGGUGAUGGACAUGAACUACAUGUCGACGCCCGGUUAUGACGUUGGCAAUCGGAGUGGAAGGAUGUAUGAAGAACAGCAGCAGCAGCAUUACAGCGGGCUGAUAGGGAACGAAGCAUUGGAAGGGUUCAACGCAAAGGUCUCUCUUGAUACAGUAAGGCCAAGCUUUCAAGAAAGGGAAAAAGCCAGAAGAGUUCAAUAUGGAGAUGGCUCGUAGAAAGAAAGAAGAAAAAUGUCAGCUUUCAUAGCUGUAAAACAAAUCUGUUUACGGUAUGGUAAAAAAAAAAACAUGUCUCUCCUCUCCUGAUGCUCCUCCUUUCCAUUUUGGGUCUAUUGUUUUUUCUUUUACCACUGCUUGCCUGCUUAGUGAAUUUUUGUCCAAUGCCAUGUGGAUUUUGUAUAGCCGGAAGGAGAAGUAGGAGGAGAGUUAAGCUGCUAAUGGCUGACAUUCUUGUGUAAUUGUUUUGGUGGUAAAUUGAUAGAGAGGUAAAAGAAGAUGAAAUGGUGUUUCUUCAAAUUUGAAUUUCGAAUUACUGAUAAGGUUAUGGAUGAAAGUAGUAUUCAAUCAUGAUGGAUGACAAAGGAAAUCAGGCUCAGAUGUUGAGAAGAGAAGAGGGUAAAUUUUGUUUCUUUGUGGUGGUGUCGUGAGUUGUUCAUUUUUGUCUGUGUUGCUGUGUGAUCGGUUUUUGAACUACCAAGGAAGGGGGAAAAACAUAGAGAAUUAGAGACAAAUCUGUUGUUUUCUGUUCUCUUGUUCUUAGCGGACAGCCCCUUGGUUCUGCUCUCGUGUUGUUUUGUCCUCCUCUACCUUGUUGCAAGCAUGUUUGUACGAUUAGAUCCUGUUAUGAUACUGAUAACAACCAAAUUCUGCUGCGGGUCAAUGUAUGAGAAUCAUUUGGUUCCGCCUCAUUUUGUGUCCAUAAGACAAGCAUUCCAGCUAUACAUAGAGCGCCAAAUGAGCCAAAUUGCUCGCGAGCCAGCUCGACUUGAUGACUUGUUGUGGUUAACUUUUUGAGCUGGCCUGUUUUGAACUGAUGAGUAGUCUCGCAAUGUGACUAAUUAGCUCGACUAGUAGCUGACUAAUUAGCUCGACUAGUAGCUUAUGAGUGAAUAGACCUAUAGCUUAUGA